AUGAGGUAUCACGUCCUCGGCGUCGGGUCGAUAGGCUCUCUCAUCGCCUUCCACCUCAAGCGCUCCGUCAAGCUUCAACGACAGCUCCUACAACCUGGACCAUCGUCGAGCAAGUCGCGGCGAGAGCUUCUGCUGUCCAACCUGUCUAACAAGGCUCCACCACAGAGGCAAGGCACCAUCGUCUCGUCGCUCAGCCACCCGCCCUACAUCCAGUCCGAGCUACCAGACCCAUUGCAGACGUCUGUCACUCUACAUCUGCGUAGGAAAGCUUUUGGGAGACAGGCAAAGCAACGCUAUGUCAACUCGAUCAUCGUCGAGCAAGACGGUGUAAGGGACAUUGAAGGUGGAUUUCAGACCGAUUUCAACUCGAGUCCUACAGAUGUGAUUGCGUCCAUCGUACGGCGCAACCGUGCAAACGAGACGCAGCAACAAGAAGAGGAAGACGGGGAAGACCGAUUCUUGAUAUCACGUACGCCCACAGGGUCACCGUCCGAUACCCCAUCAAUACAGGAGCAAACUUCGUCGAAAACACCGAUUCCAGAUAACGACGGUGGCAUCUCGCUCAUAUCCACGCUCGAAAGCACAUAUCAGCAACCACGGGCCAGUCCGAUCGACAGCUUAAUCAUCACCACCAAGUGCGACACCACGCUCUCGGCUUUGGAAAGCAUUCGACACCGAAUCCACCCAUGGUCCACCAUUGUCCUGCUCCAGAACGGCAUGGGCGUACUCGAUACGCUCUUCGACACCUUCUUCAAGGAUCCCGAGUCACGACCCAACUUCAUCCUGGCCUCGACCACGCAUGGGUGUUGGAGGAAAGGACCGUUGGAUAUCAUGCAUGCCAGUCCUGGUGCACUGCAUUUCGGUAUCGUGCCGAGCGGUCGGGCAGGAUCAGAGGGAUUUGAGGCAGAGAAAGUCCCAUUUGGCCACACAAUUGCGACUGUCAAAGGUGGCCUGCUGCCGACAAUAGGAUCAGCGGCGAGCAAGAAGGCGAGAGGAUGGGAGAGGUUUGCGCCCGACGCAGAUGCCGACCCGCAGAAGGAGCUGGAUCCGAACUCGCUCUCUUCGAAGCUCUCGAUUGGCAGCAUUCCUGACCAGCCGAACCUUCGCACGUUGAGAGCGACCGUCGCAGGUCUGCUCUCGCUCCCGCUCAACGUCGAAUGGGAGCCCAUUCGCGAAUUUCAGCUCCGCGCGUUGCGCAAAGUCGUCAUCAACGCCUGCAUCAACCCUCUCACCGCGCUUGCCGACUGCAAGAAUGGCGAUCUGUUCGGCAACCCUGCUGCUAUGGACGCCAUGUGGUCGGUGUGUCUCGAAGCGGGGAUGGUGCUUGAAGCGCAGGUACGCGAGCACCUCUCGUCUUCCUCUGACGCCUCGAAGCGGAAAUCAACAGCAGGUCUAUCAACAGAAGAUCUGCUGAUCCUCUCCACAGAGACAGGCGAACCCAUGCUACACCCUUCGUUGACGCCCCAAGCGCUGUUUCAGGAGGCGCAACGAGUGGCAAGGAUGACAGCCGCCAAUUGGUCCUCGAUGCACGCCGACCUCAAGAAGCGCAGAGGUAGCACCGAGAUCGACUACAUCAACGGCUACAUCUCGGCGCUGGGCCGAGGAUACAACAUCGACACGACGGCCAACGACCUUUUGACCAACAUGAUCAAGUUGAAGACGAGCAAGGUUACGGGCUCGGGUAGAUUCUGA